AUGGUUUCCUCCAGCGAUGAUGUGGCCGCAUCCAAACCCGCCCCGGCGCCGUCGGACCUGACGCGCUCUCCUCAACUUCCACAACCCGACACGGCGUCCCCUGAAUCUAUAUAUCAUACAAGCAUUUUGAAAGAGUGUCUUGACUCGUCACUGGAAUUUCUAUCACACGCCAGCAACGAAAGGCUGCUCGGUGUACUAUCCCUCCUUUUCAUUGGCACCUAUGUCAUCUUAGGACGAGUUGGGCUUAUAUUGAUUGGGGCCGCAUUGGGCGUCAUUCUUCAUGCAUCGUGGGAGGGUCCCACCUCGGCCAACAAUGGCGACGAUGGUUUACCAAUAUCCACACGGCGACCGAAGCUAGCCCUUGAGGUCUCCAAACGAUUGUUAGACUGGUCUCUUCACCAGCCCUCCGCCACAGACAACGACGGCAACAACGGCAACCUGGUUGCUGCUCCAGAGGAUCUGACCUUGUCCGACCUUGAAUUUUCCUCUUUCCAGCCUCUGACUGCUGCUGCGUUGAGGUCGUUCACGGAUGCUGUAAUCAAUGACUAUGUGAAGUAA